AUGCCACUCCCCGGUGCCCAGAAAUCGCGACUCGACCGAGCCGUGUCCCCGCAGCCUGCCCGACCUCAUCCUUCCGUCAGAGUGGCCUCCAUCCUCUCUCUGCCUUUGCCGGAACUCUCCAGGAAACUGCGGGAUGGAUCCCUCUCUCCAGAGCACGUCUUCUAUGCCUAUGUGGGCAAGGCCCUCCAACUCGCCAUAGAAACCAACUGCAUCACAGAGUAUCUGGAGGAAAGCGAGACCCAGAUGCGAAAAAUGAAGCUGACGGAGAAGCCAGGUUUGCUCUAUGGAGUGCCAGUCAGCAUCAAAGACUCCAUCGACUGCCAGGGCCAUGAUUCCACAUUGGGCUUUAUAAAAAACCUCAAUAAACCUGCAGCAGAGGACAGCGUGGUGGUGCAGGUGCUCAGGAGACAAGGGGCAAUUCCAUUUGUCAAAACCAACAUUCCCCAGUCCCUCAUCAGCUAUGACUGCAAGAACUUACUCUUUGGUCAGACGUUCAACCCUCUGCUCUACACCAGAAGCCCUGGAGGCUCCUCUGGUGGAGAAGGGGCACUUGUUGGAGGAGGUGGGUCCAUCUUGGGAUUUGGGACAGAUGUAGGAGGAAGCCUGCGUUUCCCUGCUGCCUUCUGUGGGAUCUGUGCACUCAAACCCACCGGGAACAGACUCAGUAAAAGAGGAAUCAUGGCUGGUGUCCUUGGGCAGAAGGCAGUUGUCGCAGCAGUAGGGCCAAUGGCAAAAGAUGUGGAGAGCCUGGCACUGGGCAUGCGGGCGCUGCUGUGUGAGGACAUGUUCAACCUGGACAGCACGGUGCCCCCCCUUCCCUUCAAUGAAGAGGUGUACUCCAGCACGCAGCCCCUCCGCAUAGGCUACUAUGAAACAGAUUUCUUCACCAUGCCAAGCCCCACCAUGAGGCGUGCUGUUCGGGAGACGAAGCAGCUGCUGGAGGAUGCUGGCCACACGCUGGUGCCCUUUGAACUUAUGAAUGUGGACUACGCAAUCUUUAACUUCUGCGUCCGGGGAUUGUUCACAGAUGGGGGCGCCUCCUUUGUCAAGAAAUUCAAAGGGGAGCUGGAGAAAAGCAGCAUGGGCCUGUUCUUCUGGUUGGCAAAGUCACCAAACUGGCUGAAAAUUUUCCUCUCCUGGAUUGCCAAACCCUUCGUGCCUCGAUUUUCGGCUAUCAUAAGAAGUAUGAGAGCAAACACAGUGGAUGAAGUCUGGAGUCUGCAUAAUGAAAUUGAGGAUUUUUGCCACCAGUUCAUCGCCCAGUGGAAAAAGCUGAAUCUGGACGUCAUGCUGUGUCCCAUGCUGGGCCCAGCUCUCGGCAUCGGCUACCCUGGGAAGCUCUCAGUGGCAGUCAGCUACACCAUGCUCUACAAUGCCUUGGACUUCCCCGUUGGCGUGGUCCCCGUCACACUGGUGACAGACGAGGAUGAAGAGGAGCUGAAGGGUUACCAGGGGUACUUUCGGGACUGGUGGGACCGGACACUGGCAAAGGCUUUUCGUGGCAGCGCGGGGAUGCCCGUGGCCGUACAGUGCGUGGCCUUGCCGUGGCAGGAGGAGCUGUGCCUCCGGUUCAUGAAGGAGGUGGAGACCCUCGUCCUGGAGAAAAACAGGCUGGACUGA